UGUUACUCCCGAUUCGUGCCAAUACUUGAGAUCCAAGAUUGCAGACCAUGUCUCCCGACAAUUUGAACGAAAUUAACGUCUUUGACGACGCAGCAGAUAAUAUGGACGUUAUUAAGACUAUAAUAGACAGAAGAAAUCAGGAAGACGGUUUCUACAUUGUGGAUAUUGGUGAUAUCAUUAACAAACACCGCGAGUGGAUCACCAAAAUUCCGAGGGUUACCCCACAUUACGCGGUUAAAUGUAAUCCGGAUCCGAAUGUAAUCAAGAUAUUGGCAGCUUUAAAUGCCGGCUUUGAUUGCGCGUCCGAGCAAGAAAUCAGGCAAGUGAUGCAGUACGGCGUGCAAGCCGACCGGAUCAUAUUCGCGAAUCCAUGCAAAUGCCCAUCUCACAUCAAGUACGCCAAGAAAAUGAACGUCGAACAGAUAACCGCCGACAGUGAAUUGGAGCUUUUGAAGAUAAAGGAUCUUUAUUCUGAGGCCAAAAUAGUAAUACGCAUACGAUGCGACGCGAAAAACUCGGAAUGCAAUCUCGGAUUGAAGUUUGGCUGCGAACCGGACGAGGAUGCUGUGCGAUUAAUACAACUUACGGCGAACCUCGGUCUCACUUUGCACGGCUUUAGUUUUCACGUCGGUAGUCCGUGUGGGGAACUAAACGCGUACAGCAGAGGCAUCGGAAUAUGCAAACGAUUGAUCGCGAUCGCCAAAUCGAUGGGCUGCCUGGAUGUACAGCUGAUCGACAUCGGUGGUGGUUUCUCCGGUGAAACGGAUAUCGACAAGCUCGCCAAUAUUGUCAACGAUGCAAUUCAAGAUCUCGAUCCCAGCAUAAGAGUUAUUAGCGAACCCGGAAGAUACUAUGUCGAAUCGGCAUUUACUGUAGCCUCGUUCUUACAUUCCAAAAGAAUCGUUCAUAAAAAUGGCAAAUUUAUGAGAAUGUAUUACGCAAAUAUCGGAAUGUACAAUUCGUUUCUGGAUGAAUUAAUUUGCCCGAAUGCUAAAGUCCUGCGAAUACUUUUUGAACCGGCGAGCGAUGAGAAAUUUCUUUCGACUUUGUGGGGACCGACUUGCGAUUCGUUUGAUGUAAUUGCUAAAGAUGUAUUAUUGCCAGAACUUCAUAUCGGCGAUUGGUUAGUUUGGGAAAACGUAGGUGCUUAUAGUUUAUGUCUGUCCACCACAUUCAAUGGAUUUCCAAUUCCAAAAGUCAUACCGUUUAUUAGGAAAACUCAAUGGGAAAAUUUAAUGACGGAGAUCAAACUAAUGCAAAGAUCUAUGGAAUUCAUAGAAUGGUCCAAGUCAGUGGAAAGGGAGCAUUACAUUGAAAACCGCUGACAAAAAUAAAUAUAAUAAAUUAAUAAUUAAA